AUGGCGUCGUUCGAUGAAGCACCACCAGGGAACCCAAAGGCCGGUGAGAAGAUAUUCAGGACCAAGUGCGCUCAAUGUCACACCGUCGAGAAAGGCGCCGGUCACAAACAAGGACCUAAUCUAAACGGUCUCUUUGGAAGACAAUCUGGUACAACUGCUGGUUACUCUUACUCUGCUGCUAACAAGAACAAAGCUGUGGAUUGGGAAGAGAAGACCUUGUACGAUUACUUGCUCAACCCCAAGAAGUACAUACCUGGAACGAAGAUGGUGUUCCCUGGGCUAAAGAAGCCACAAGAACGUGCUGAUCUCAUCUCCUACCUCAAGGAAGCUACUGCAUAG